CAAACUGCAGCCGAGGCAGAGAGAGGGGAGAGAGGAAGGAGAGAGCCGCUCCGAUCACACACGUUCACACACAUUCACACGCUCCGGAGCAGAGGCAGAGAGAGGAACACCCAGUCACAGCGAGUGAGAGGUCGGGGAUCCGUCAGUGGUUUUUCACUUGCAUGAACACAACCGUAGACCCCCCCAGGAUCUAAAGAUGUGGACAGAAGUCGGGAAGCUUGUGCUAUUACAUGUGUUACUCAUGGAGCUCCGUUGCGCUAAAGGAACUACUACGGAGUCGGAGUGUGAAACCGGGCAGUUUCAGUGCAAGAACGGACGGUGCAUCCCGACCCUGUGGAGAUGUGAUGAUGAUGAUGAUUGCUCAGACAGCAGCGACGAGGAGAACUGCCCAAAGAAGACGUGUGCGACCACAGACUUUGCCUGUAAGAAUGGACAGUGUGUCCCUGCUAGGUGGCGCUGUGAUGGCGAACCGGAGUGUGCAGACGGUUCAGACGAGGCUGAUGCUAUCUGCAGCCGACAGACCUGUCCACCUGAGAAGUUUGAUUGCGGAGGGGCUGCCAGCAAAUGUGUUUCGUUGUCAUGGCGAUGCGACGGAGAGAGGGACUGUGAGAACGGGGCAGAUGAGGACCAGUGCGCUGCAGAUGCCAAGGCCUGCCCCUCCAAAGAUUUCCAGUGUCGUAACGGCAAGUGCGUGGCACCAAUCUUUGUGUGUGAUGGAGACAACGACUGUGGGGAUGCCAGCGAUGAAGAGAAGUGCACGGCUCCCACUUGCGGCCAGCAUGAGUUCCGCUGCAAUGACUCUGAGUGUAUCCCCGCCUUGUGGAGUUGCGACGGCGACCCGGACUGCAAGGACAAGUCAGACGAGUCCAUGGAGCGCUGCAGCCGAAGGACAGAGCCACAGAAACCUCGCUGCCCAGCGGGCGAGUUCCAGUGUGGAAGUGGGGAGUGUGUCCACAUGAACUGGAAGUGUGAUGGAGACGCAGACUGCAAGGAUAAAUCGGAUGAAGCAAACUGUCCGCUGCUUACAUGCCGACCUGAUGAGUUCCAGUGUGGCGACGGAUCCUGUAUCCACGGCACCAAACAGUGUAAUAAAGUGCACGACUGUCCAGACUACAGUGAUGAAGCUGGCUGUGUCAAUGUUACAAAGUGUGACGGCCCAAGAAAGUUCCGCUGUAAGAACGGGGAGUGUAUUGACAGCAGCAAGGUGUGUGACAAUGUUAAAGACUGCAAGGAUUGGUCUGAUGAACCCAUGAAGGAGUGUGGCCUGAAUGAGUGUGCAGACAACAAUGGCGGCUGCUCCCACAUCUGCAGGGACCGCAGAAUUGGCUAUGAGUGUGACUGCCCUUCUGGGUACAAACUCCUGGACAAAAAGACUUGUGGAGACAUAGAUGAAUGUGAGAACCCAGAUGCCUGCAGUCAGAUCUGCAUUAACUACAAAGGAGAUUAUAAGUGUGAGUGCUACGAAGGCUACGAGAUGGACCCUGCCUCUAAGACCUGCAAGGCUGUGGGAAAGAGUCCGUACCUGAUGUUCACUAACCGUCACGAGAUCCGUCGCAUUGACUUGCUAAAGAGUGAAUACACUCAGGUGGUUCCCACGCUGAAGAACGCAGUGGCCCUGGAUGUAGACGUGUCCACCAACAAGAUGUUCUGGUGUGAUCUAUAUCAUCAAAAAAUAUACAGUGCUUACAUCAACAAGGCCAGUGACUCCUCACAGCAGGUGACCCUCAUCGACUCGCUCCACUCCCCCGAGGGCCUGGCAGUUGAUUGGGUCCACAAGAACAUCUAUUGGACUGACUCUGGCAACAAGAGCAUCUCCGUUGCCACAGGAGACGGCAGGAAGCGAAAAGUCCUGAUAGCCACUGAGCUGAGCGAGCCACGGGCCAUCGCAGUGGAUCCACACCAAGGGUUUAUGUACUGGUCAGACUGGGGAGGUCAGGCCAAAAUCGAGAAGGCUGGGAUGAAUGGAGUGGACCGACAAGUUCUGGUGUCUGAACACAUCGAGUGGCCCAAUGGAAUAACCCUGGACUUGUCCAACAGGCGUCUGUACUGGGUGGACUCCAAGUUGCACCUGCUGUCCAGUGUAGAUCUGAAUGGGGACAACCGCAAAGUGCUUCUGUCCUCCCAUCACCAUCUGGGACACCCCUUUGCCCUCACUGUUUUUGAGGAUCACAUAUAUUGGACCGACUUGGAGGAUGAAACGAUAUACAGUGCCAACCGACUGACAGGACAAGAUGUGGCAAAGGUGGCAGAGCACCUCAACAACCCCCUGGACCUGGUGGUGUUUCAUGAACAGAGGCAGCCCAAGGCCCCAGAUACCUGCAACUUGGGCAGUCUGCCUAACGGUGGCUGUGAAUACCUCUGUCUGAAGGCCCCCCAGAUCACAGAUCACUCUCCUAAGUACACGUGUGCUUGUGCUGAUGGCAUGGAGCUGGGACCAGACAUGAGGCGCUGUGCUAUAGUACGACCAAGAACAACCACAACAACAGCUGUACCAACCACCUCCACCACCACUACAACUCCCACCACAACCACAACAAUAAGCGCUACAACAACUAGCACAACUGUUACCAGCACCACGACUCCCCCUACCACAACCACAAGCUCCACUAGCACCUCUGCUGCUACGACAUUCAGGCCCACAACCAGAGGGCUGACUACACCUGCCCCACCUCAGACCCCCAGGAGAACCUCUACGGAGCCGCCUCGGACCCCUUUGGCCACGAGCACAGAGACGACCAGUUUCAGCAGGACCAGUCAGAAGUCCACAUCCACACACACGCCUCUACUGGGCCCAGUGGCCCCCAAUAGCAUUCAGAGAGAAAGCAACACCAACCUCUCCCACAGAGCUGCGAGUGAUCACUACCUCAUAGGUAACAACAUCACAGUAGCUGUUCUGGGGAUAGUCAUUCCUAUUGUCCCUAUCCUUGCCACAGUGGUCAUCGGAUUACUCUGCACCGGCGGGUACCUGGUUUGGCGCAACUGGCGGCGCAAGAACACCAAGAGCAUGAACUUCGACAACCCUGUUUACCGCAAAACCACAGAGGACGACGACGAUGAAAUCCACAUCGGGCGGCACAGCGAGUCCAUAGGCCACGUUUACCCGGCACGCGUGGCACUCAGUCUGGAGGAUGAUGGCUAUCCCUGAGGGGGGGAUGCAGCCUGCUCCCCUUCCCAAUCCCAUCCUGGCCCCUCCUCUCACCACAGCCUCUACACCACUACAAUGAGGCCAGUACAACGCAGAGGAGAAAGUGAACGGGGUCCUUAUUAUGCCUCCCCCUUUUUGAGGAGCAGGGAUGACAUGUACUUCUUGUAAAUCCCCCUUCCUCUCCUACUUUCUCCACUGGGGUAACAUUACUACCACUACUAGCCACUACUACUUCCCUUAGUGCUAGUUUAUUAUUAGUCUCUGCUCCACUCCUCUCUUCUCUCUGCCACUUGUUAGCUGUAGUGGUGUGUAAAAUGCUGCUUGAUAAUUUUGUUCAAACUAACCUCAUUUGGCUGUCUCCGUGCACACUGUAAAUAGAUGGAUUUCCGACCACCCUACAUUGGAAUUAUUUUGAAUUCCUCAUAUUGCGUUUUAUUUAUUUAUAUGUUUCCUGUUGUAAAUAUGUAAUCAGCAUAUCUCAGUGCUACAGAAUUACAUUCAGAUUUGUUCAGGUUUGCAAGGAUAUAGAGUUGAAGGCAAGGAUGUUAUUUUCUUCAUAGUCCCUUUACAUCUCGAGUUGACAUUACAGAUUUUUUUCAAACAGGGGAGUGUCGUUCUUUUUCCCACACAGCCAGUCAAAAUCUUCCCUUGGCAUUGUAUGUAGGCAGGCAAAGCUAAAUAUAGCCAAGGGGAAAGAAGACAGAAAUAAAUGAUGGGGUUGCUUGCAUUUUGGAGGGGAUUUUGGGGUGCAGCAGUUACUAGGGUGUCUGUUUCUUUUGAGGGUAAUAGGAGGAUUUGUCCCACCAGAGGGUAGUGCCUCAAGGCAAAAACACAGUAGGUCAGAAAAGGCAUAAUGAAUUUGGGAUUGUUUGCUCAUUUGUGGCAGGUGUUAGGACUCCCGCGUUCCUGAGUUUUUGUUUGUGUCUGCUACAAUCAGUAUUUUAAAGGUAAAACCCUUUUUGAGAUAUCAGUGAUGCUUUGAGGUACUGAGGUCUUUUGACUUUAGACCCUAGCGUUGAGCAUGACAAAAACGAAAACAUUUUUUUUAAAUUCAGAAGACAGGACAGUUAUAAUUUCUGCAUAUGUUUACAUUUAAAUGCAUAGUUGUGCAUUCUGUAUUGGAAUCCUGUAGGGAUGAAGUAUAAGAAAAUGAAGUAUGAGAAAGCAAGCAGCGUACUGAUCUAUUGCAACAAAUAUAUUUUAGCUCCAGUAGUCUUUAGCACUACAUUAUUCUUAUAGGUAUAGCUCCCACGACGUCACUUUUUCUAUCAUUUGACAUAACAUGGUUUCCUAACUUCCCAGCAAACAUCAAUCGCAGCAUUUUAGUGGAUUCACAGCACUGUUUUUGGUGUUUCUUAGCAUGAUUAUUUCUCCUUCUUUAGCCCCCUAUCUUGGCUGUGUGUUUUCUUGAUGAGAUGGUGUGUGUUUUUUUUGUUUUGUCUUUUAUUACACAUAUAACAUAAAACAAUAAAAAGAAACAAUACAUCAUUUAGAAUAGAAAAAGACUCCACAUUUGAAAGGGAUCACUUUCCGCUGUCACUAACUCUAAAGUAUGUUUGUUAGUGGCCUUGUUUUGUAUGAGUAGAUAAGUAAUACGCCAAGGCUGACUGAGCCGAGCACUGAUUUGAUUUGAAAGCUGGAUAGAGAGGAAGUGUGUAAACCAGCGUAAAGAGCUGAUAUUUCAUUGGCUUGCCACAGACAUGCUUCCAGCCCACUGAAUCAAAUGGAAUUAAUGCCUAGUGACUGUUGCAAAAAUUGCUCAUGACAUGUAAUAGUAAAUUACUGGAGUCCGUUACGACACGUUUAUAUGAUGGCUGUUACGAGUUAUGGCAGAAUAACAACUUUUCUGUCCUGGAUUGAAUUUCAAUACUGGGCAUCUUGAAGGUGCUAAGCACACAUAUAAGGCUUUAUUAUAGAGGUCUUCCAUCAUAAUAAUAAAAAAUCAGAACAAUGUGGCACUUCAUAUGAACUGAGCUAAGAAACGCUUUUGUUUUUAAGAUGGUCAGUCUUUUUUAAUAACGAGCAAAAACAAGUAUAGAAUGCAAAGAUUAAAGUCUUCCAUUGUAGGCUGUAGACUCGGCAUAUGCAUUCAUCUUACUAUACAGACAGUAUGUGCAUAUAUACAAACAGUUGAUUAAUGGUAGUUAUUAUUCAUGGAUCUCACUGUUUCAUGGAAAUGUUUGCUCAGUGUGAAUGCUCAGAACCACAAUGGAGGAAGAAGGAAACAGACAAAGACAAAGGUAGGCAGGAAAUGACUGCCAGGAUUUAGAUUAAACUGUAUGCAAACAGGUUUGUGCUUGGAAGAUAAAUAGUGUGCCAUUCAUUUUGCUGGAUUUCUGCUGAUGUUGUGUCGCAAGUCUCUGACAGUCAUUCUCUCUCACCUCCCUCAGAAGGAUGCCACUUUCUUCUCUUAGUUUAUAAUUCACAGUAGGGGGUUUCUAUGAAUGGGAUCUGCCAAAUGGCAUGCUAGACAGGGAAAUGAUAGUCCUCUCCAGGACUGCACUCCCCUACGUCUAUCUAAUGAGCAGGAUUGAGCACUAAGGGGAAGCCAUCUCCCUUCAUCUUAACCUUGCACAGAUAAAGCCAACUAAAAUGCAUUACACAGUGGAGAAAACUGUGUCUCAGCUCAGAAUAUUCCCGGUUAAUUAGUUGUUUUGUUGGUAGAAUAUUGACAUGUAGGAGACGGUUUGAAUUGGCACAGUUUCAUUUUGGUAUGAACUGGUAACAUGUUGGUAUAAAAUUCCAUGUGUUUCCGUAAAAAAAAAAAAAAACUAAUUCUAAAUCAUUAAGGUAAGAUUAAGAUGAUGUAAAAUGCCAAGAAAGAUGAAACAGGUCAGUUAUCUUUGUGAAUUUAAAGUUAAAUAAAUCACAAACCCAAUGAUGGAUUGAACCCUGAGCUCACUCCACAUAGUUUCCUUCAUGUCUAUGUUUGCUGCGGGUCUAAUGGAGUUCCAUAGGGAGGUUCCAUAUGGAGGGUUUGCAGUUAGGAGAAUAAAUUGCUUAUUCAUUGAGGUGACUGAGCGUGGCAUUGUAGAAAUGUUAUUAUUGCUACAGUGUGAAGACAGAUUGGCUGGUCGACUUUGUGGCCACCUCGAGAGCCGCCUUGAAGGACGCUAAACAGGUCCGGAAAGGGACUGAUAUCAUUCAUCACAUUGUAGGUAAUAAUUGAACUGGUAGUAGAGGACAUGCUUUGACAGUACGCUGUCUGGACAUUCUUGAUUGAUAUUGUUGGGAAUCAUUUAGGGCCUUAUCAAUGCCUUAAUGGCAGCAAAAUCAUAGUUUUACGAUCAGUCAGCUCUAUAAACAACAUAACACGAUCAAGAUGAGAACUCUUCCUCAUGCUUAAGGAUUGAGUGUGUGUGUGUGUGUGUGUGUGUGUGUGCGCGUGUGCGUGUGUGUGUGUGUGUGUGUGCUUUCUGUACAUAUAUUAUGUUCAGUUGUUUAGUUACUGUAAAACCGGUAUGACAAGGACAUUUUUUAUUUUGUAUUAUUAUUAACUUGAAGUGUGAAGGCAGUAGUGUCUGCAGUUUUGAAGUUAAGGGGUGUGGUUACACCAGCAGUUUGUAAAUUCCAACUUCUGUGGAGAUUGAUGCAUCGCCAAAUUAAAACAAGCUGUGAUCACACAAACACACAUGGAACUUGCAUAGCGAUUUGUCGCUACUAAAAUUCUUUUUGUGACUUCUGUUUGAAUAGUUGAUUGCUUGUGCUUGGUCAACACAGCAGACGUUUCUUAACAGUGACACAGUACUCACAGCUUUACUAGCUGAGGCCUUCCUCAUGUUUUAAUGGUGAAACCCAAUUUAACAAAUCACUAGUUUAAAACUACAUUAGCUUUUUGUUACUAAAACUUUACUUUACUUUACAAGGACUUUACACACAACUGUGUGUGUAAAAGGUGUAACCUUGGUUUUAGGGGGGACACAACACCAGGGGUCUGAGGGUCCUCCGCCAGAAUUGUUUUUUUUUUCGAUUUGAAUCCCAUUUCCUGCAUUUCUAAAUUCAUUUAUAGGGACAAAUGUCAUACAAAAUCAGAGAAAUAAUUAGGUUGACCAUAAUGAUAUAUUAUGCAAAAAAUAAUUGUGUAUAAGAAAACAUUUCUUACUUUCUUUAUUGCUUAAAAUAGGUGUCAAUCACAGAGAGUCAUAAAUCAAAAUAAUAUCAAAACUACUUUGAAAGUGAAGGGGACACAAAUAGGAUUUUGAGAAGUGGACAGGGACAUGUCCCCCUGUCCCCAUUGGAAAUUACACCAUAGUGAAAGAUUUACAAACAACUGGUGCAACACAACCUGUGUUCUGAGAAUCCAAGAAGACAUACACCCCUGCUCAGUAAAAUUCCUAUGUUGUGCAGGCCUAUUCAUCUAUAGAUUUAACUCACACAUUCAUAAAGCAUUGGAAUGUUCCUCGCAAAACCCUAAUGCAUAAUAGGCAGGUUACUAUCACACUUAAAUUAUGUCAAGCUGUCCAUAACAAAAUGUUGUCUGGUUUAUGUUAUAGGAACAAUGUUGCAUUAUAAACUCACUGUAGCAAAUUCUAACAGCCGUGAUAACCCAUAAUCCAGCAUAAUUUUAGUUUUUCUGAUUUGUGCUCCCUGUGUUUUGAACUGUCCCGUCGCAUGUCCCUCUCUUCCUCUCUGCGCUCUUCUAAAUGUUUUAUUCUAUCUUUUCUGAGCAGGGAAUCUGACCCAUGCCACUUUUAACUAGGAUGCUCUGACUGCUUUCUAACAUGACUCACCUCUCUCCACCACUUUACUUCCUCAUGCAAUGUAUCAAACGUGAUGCCAGCUGUAAGGCUUCAAGUAUAAGGCUUCAAGUCAGCAUUGCUGUCUAUGUGCACUCCCAUCUUCAUCUCAGCCAUUGACAUAUUUCCUUUGGCAAGGGCCAUCAGUCUUUGGAUCGCCAAACAUACACACACACUCUGGGAGAAAAAACUGGAAGGGAAUAACCCGGAAUCCCCAAAAUAACAAGGAAACGGCCAGAGCUCGGGGGAAACCCCCUCCAAGGCAUGAACCAGCAAACAGACGUAAAGCACGCUCAGCCAGGAAAAGCAGCCCCCACCUCACCCCCCAGCUACAGGACUGUGGAAGGAGCCCUCAUUGACUGUACUUGGCUGGCAAUUAGCUCUUGGUAACCUAGUGACUUUCCUUUACCAACUGUUUCCUCUUAUUACCACGCGUUUUUUGAACUAUUAGUCUGUAAGCUGUAGUUGUUGCUUUCUCUCUCUCCUUGCCAAACCAUGCUCAGUUUCAUAUUUGAUCUACUUGAUGUUUGAUUACUUGAAGGGCAGUGUUCAGUCACCUACAUUUUUCUACCAGUCAGUAUAAAAUGAAGGUUGGGGGAAGAAGACAGCAACGGGGAAGUUGUAAAAUCUGUGUGUAAAUCUUUUUUAUAGGUUGGGAUGAUGAUAUAACGAGGCAACAAUUUGAUAUAAAACUAUUGUGACAGAUUUAGACAUUUUACUUCAGCAGUGAUUGAGGUGGGAGUAAAUUGCUGCAAAUAUAAGAAACUAUUGGCUCCAAUUUUUGCAAAACUGUCUACCUGUAUUUAGCCAAAAUGUUGUCAUUGCCUGCAAGGAAAUCUCAAAAAACCAUCCAGGGUUCUGUCCAUUCCACAGCCAUACGACAGGCAUUUUUUUAUGCUGUUUGUUGCACAAAACUUUUCAAGAAGCCUUCUGCACUGUGUAAAGCGAUAACGUUCUUAGGAGGGGAGAAAUAAGAGGGAGGGGGGGUCCAAUGUUACAGCCCAACGGUUUUGAAUCAUGACUUGUAAAUACGUUUUCAUACAGCAAAAAACUUUUGAUAAUGUUUAAAAUGUAUCUGUAAAAAAAAGAUGUACAUAAACCUUUGGGGUGAAAAGGAGUGUAGACUAUAUAUGAAUUUAUUUGUACACAAGAGCACUGGAUUUAUUUACUACUUGAUUGUAACUAAAAAUUAAUAAUCUGCCAAAGUGUUUUUAUUUUACUUUUUCUCCUGUCUGUUCCGUUUGUUUUUUGUUAGCUUUUUAACGGCAUUGCAGAUCUGUAGUGUUCAUACUGCAUUUAAUUCUGUUAAAUAGAUUUUGUUGUGUGUUUAAAAGAAGAGGGGUUAUAGUUUUAAUUUAUUGGUGCCUUGUUUUGUGCUCCUGUAUACUUUUUUUUAUUCUUUUUGUUUUUCUGUGUUAUGUGUCUGCGGGGGGGUAGUGAAGUGUUGAAGGGUCGGGGUGGGGGGAGGUGAAAACUUAGCAACUUCUGUACUUACAUGGAAUAUCUGUACUUGUAUGCCAAAAUGGUCACACUCACGUUUCUAUGAAAUCAAGCUGUUGAUAAAUAUCUCUAUAUAUUGAUAUAUUAAAUUUAUAAAAACUG